UGAAACCAGCAGCGUCUUCCUGGAAUUGGAUAUAUUGCGCAUUCCUGUCCCGCUUUUCCAGGAUUCCUCAUUCAGCCACCCGCGAAAUCAGUGACGCGCAAAUGCAAGCAUUUUAGCAACGUAAAAAAACAACAAGAUUUGCGCUCUUUAUUUAUUCAUCCAUUCAUUUGGAUCAAUUGUCGGGGUUUUUUUCUCUCUCUCUCUCUCUCUCCAACUGGAAUUUUUAUUUUAAUUUUAUAUAUUUUUUUGCUAUUUUUUUUUUUUUUUUUUUAACUUUUGUUAACAACCCGUUUAUAUAUUUCGCCGCUGGUUCAUAGAAAGUUUUGGCGAUGUCGGUAAAUUCAUUAGACGCGGUGAAGAGGAAGAUCCAGUCGCUGCAGCAACAGGCGGAUGAUGCGGAGGACAGAGCGCAAAUUCUGCGCAGAGAACUGGACAAUGAACGGGAUCUGCGAGAGAAAGCAGAAGGUGAUGUUGCCACUCUGAACCGCAGAAUCCAGCUGGUUGAAGAAGAACUGGACCAAGCUCAGGAGAGACUGGCCACUGCGCUACAGAAACUUGAGGAAGCAGAGAAAGCAGCUGAUGAGAGCGAGAGAGGAAUAAAGGUUAUUGAGAAUCGUGCGAUGAAAGAUGAAGAUAAGAUGGAAAUUCAGGAAAUGCAACUGAAAGAAGCCAAACACAUCGCAGAGGAGGCAGACCGCAAAUAUGAGGAGGUGGCUCGUAAGCUGGUGAUUUUAGAGGGUGAAUUGGAGAGAGCAGAAGAGAGAGCGGAGAUUUCUGAACUUAAAGGUGGAGAUCUGGAAGAGGAACUGAAAAAUUUAACUAAUAACCUCAAAUCUUUAGAAGCCCAAUCAGAGAAGUACUCCGAGAAAGAGGACAAAAAUGAAGAUGAAAUCAAAGUUCUCUCUGAUAAAUUGAAAGAGGCUGAGGCACGUGCCGACUUUGCAGAAAGAAAGGUGGCAAAACUGGAAAAGACCAUCGAUGACCUGGAAGAUGAACUCUAUACUCAGAAGCUGAAAUACAAGGCCAUGAGUGAGGAGCUGGACCAUGCUCUCAGUGAUAUGACCUCCUUGUAGAUGCUUUUAUAUCUCAGUAGUGCUUGAAUUGAACAUUUUAAGAUCAUGCUGCUAUGUUAUUCUGUAAUAUGCAGGUUAGGACAUCUGUCCUGUGUGAUAGAUGCAAUAUUAACACAGAACUAGAACUUUGAUUAACUCUUGAUCAUUCAAGCACUGCUGCUCUGCAUAAAUUACGCUGUGGCUUCCUCUGAUUGGCUGUGCCUCUCUUUGUUAUCUUCACUUGUGCCUUAUGUAUUUUUCGCUCUCAAUGUUUAAUUAUUCCUCUGAAAUUUAAUAAAAACAUUAUUUCCUGCUCUUUGAACUUCGCCACUUGUUUCAUUUCUCACCUUCACAAAUAUAGUAUUGCCUAUUACAAAUAUUACUGUUCCCUGUUGCCCUAUCGACAAUGGCACAGAUAACAGCGAUCAGUGCAGGUGAAUCUUCACAUGUCUAAUAUAUG